GCCGACAAAUCAAGCCAGCUGCGGGACCAUCCUUCAUCGGGGCAGGGGAGGAUCGAUCGCCCGGUGGUCGGUGCCAUGGCUCUGAGCCAGAGCGCGCAGCUCAGCCUCGCCACCGCGCUCUUCGGCGUGCUCUCCUUCGUCCUCGCCGUCCUCGCCGAACUCAAGAAGCCGCCGUACGGGACGCCGAUCCAGCAGGGCGGGGGCGUGGUGGUCUGCCGGUUCCCGCGCGACCCGACGGUGGCGCUGGGGGCGCUGUCCGCGCUCGCCGCGGCGUGCAGCGCGGCGCUGGGCGCGCUCGCCGUCUUCUUCCCCUACGGCGGCAGGCACGUCCCGCGGCAGGUGCUCCUCGCCCACACCCCGCUCUACGUCUUCCUCCACGUCGCCGUAGGAGUCACGGUGGCCGGGGUGGGCACGACGGUGUGGGCGACGGCGGCCGAGGCCGUGCUCCAGGUCCGGAACGUGCACCGGGACCCGGCGUACGCCUGCCCGACGGCCGAGACCGGGGUGCUCGGCGGCGCGGCGUUCCUCAACCUGGACGCCAUGCUCUUCUGGGUCGUCUGCCUCAUGCUCGUCGGCAACGUCAGGACGGACUACUUCGAGGACCACGGCGGGGAUGGCGCGGGGGCCGAGGAGAAGUGACGCUCAUCUUAUUAUCCGUGGUUCGCAACAUGUACCAUGCAUCGGCAUAGAUAUAUACUAGUAUAUGUACCACACAUGCAUGCACGUACCAUCACGUGUAUACAUGUACGUCGCCGUGCCUUUUGUGCGUAAAGCUUGUGAUUAUUUGUGAAGGCGCUA